AUGAAGCUCUUCAAUGCAUUAUUUAUGCUCUCUGCAGCUACAAUAGCAUUGGCCAUAGUUACAUCUUCUUUGGCUGAUGCAUCAUCUAAAAUUGAAGAAGAGAGUGAAUCAUCUUUAAGGGGAUCCAGCCGGUUCCUUGCGCCACACUACUCGACAUGCAACAAGUAUCCAAGUGUUUGCAGGAUGAAGAACAGCCCUGGCCCUGACUGCUGCAAGAAGAAAUGUGUGAAUGUGAAGAGUGACCGUUUCAACUGUGGAAUGUGUGGAUAUAGGUGCAAGUACACUGAGGUUUGCUGCAAGGGCAAAUGUGUCAAUAUAUAUUAUGACAAAAGAAACUGUGGUGGUUGCUACAAGAAGUGCAGGAAGGGAGAGUAUUGUGCUUAUGGAAUGUGCAACUAUGCAUAA